AUGGAAGGUUCUGAGUACCAAAAAAUGGCAAUCGUUCUUUCUCUCUUUCUUAACUUGCUUCUCCUUGCGGCGGCGGACGAAUCCAGCAUUGUUUUUGGGACCGUGGAUAGAUCAAGAUAUGCCUUUGAUAUCUACACCCUCCCAUUCCAACCACUCAAUCGACCAUCUAUUAUAACCGACGAGUUUAAACUAACCGACGGUAACUCGGUCAACUUCAAUGGCCAUUUCCCAUCCUCACUCUUUUCAAAUCAUUCCCUUCAUCUCAUCUACGUGACGGAGCGAAAUGGGUCGUCGGCUAUAUACCUAGAUUCUAUUUUCUACGGUGGUUCUGAUGAUCUUAGAAGAAGAUCGGCCUUGCAGUUGCAGAAGAACCCUAACCGGGUUCAAGUUCAAUUGGUGGGUAACGCUAACGGUCGAAUCUCCAUGAAAGAUAGACCAAGUUUGGUUGGAGAAUACUUGGUAUAUGUUUCGACUCAUGAAAACCCGGCAAUGGCUCGAGCAAGUUGGACCGGAGUGUACUCGACUCACAUCCAAACUGGGUCGACCAUUAGACUGACACCGGCCGGGGUGGCUGAUUACAGUCCGGCGGUUUCUCCGUCAGGGAUUUGGACUGCGGUGGCUUCUUCCGGCGAGAAGGGUUGGGAAGGAGAAGUGGCGGAGUUGAAUACAGAUAUCUAUCUUUUCACUACUCGUGAUGGAAUAAAUAGGGUUAGAAUAGUUGAGCACGGCGGUUGGCCGUGUUGGGCUGAUGAAUUCACUCUCUAUUUUCACCGGAGAAAUGAUGACGGGUGGUGGAGCGUUUACAUGGCGAGUUUACCUGAAAACGGGCGGUUCGGAGUUGACUCGGUUCGAACUCGGCGGGUCACACCUCCGGGUCUCCACGCGUUCACACCAGCGGCAUCGGUAACUGACAAGAGUUUCAUUGCGGUGGCAACCAGAAGGGUCGAUUCGGAUUAUCGACAUAUAGAGCUUUUCAACUUGGAGACUAAUGAAUUCGUUGAAAUUACACGACCCGUUUCGCCACGGAUGCAUCACUAUAACCCGUUUAUAUCACCGGAUUCAAGUCGAGUCGGGUAUCAUAAAUGUCGUGGUAGGGGUAAGGGGUUAAUAUUGGAGAAUAUUCAAAGCCCAUUACCAAAAACGUCCCUUUUUAGACUUGACGGUUAUUACCCGUCGUUUUCACCAAACGGGGACAAAAUUGCAUACAUAAGAAUGCCGGGUUUGUAUGUUGUGAACAUUGAUGGUUCGGGUUGGCGUGAGAUAUCAUCUAGAUACACCUUUUCCACGGCUUGGCAUCCAAAAAUAGAAGGUCUUGUCUAUACUAGUGUUGGACCUUCAUUUGCAUCAGAAGAUACUAAAGUAGACAUCGUUUCAAUCAACAUCAACGAUCCCGAUUUGAAGAUGAAAAUCUUGACCCGAGGUGGGGAAAACAAUGCCUUUCCUGCGGUUUCGCCCGACGGAAAAUGGGUGGUUUUUCGUUCGGGUCGGUCGGGUUACAAGAACUUGUACAUAAUGGACUCCAUAGAUGGGGAAUCGAGUGGGCUUAAAAGGCUAACGGAGGGUCCAUGGAGUGACACUAUGUGUAAUUGGUCUCCGGAUGGAGAAUGGAUUGCGUUUGCAUCGGAUAGGGAAAACCCGGGUUUUGGGAGUUUCGGGUUGUUUCUAGUUCAUCCGAAUGGGACCGGGGUUCGGAAGCUGGUUCAGAGUGGUGUCAAUGGAAUGACAACCCACCCGUGGUUUAGUCCGGAUGGAAAGAGGAUUGUGUUCACGUCUGAUUAUUCUGGUGUAUCUGCCGAGCCCAUAUCUAAUCCGAACCAUUUCCAACCUUAUGGUGACAUAUUUACUAUAGGGAUAGAUGGUUAUGGACUUGAAAAGCUAACACAUAACUCUGUAGAAGAUGGGACUCCGACUUGGGGUCCUAAGUUCUUGAACCCUAUUGAUGUUGAACGACAUGAUGAUCUAUCAAUAUGCUCAUUUGAUGAUUGCCAUUGGCUCAAAAUCACCACUUAG